AUGUACAAAAUUAUAUUUUUUUUCUUAUUUUUCCUUAAAGCUCAUGGAUUAAAAAUUUGGUUACCCAAUACUGGUAUGAAUAAUACUCAAAAUUGGGAAAAUAAUGAAAUUCCAAAAAAUUGUGAUCAAAUUUAUUUUCCAUCUAAAAGUGAAAUUGCUACUUAUUGGAAUAUUAAAGAUUUAGAAAUUAGUAAUUUGGUUCUAUCAAAAUCAGGAGAAUUAAUUCUAUCAAAUUACAUAAAUCUAUUAUUUAAAGAUAAAGAAAAAUGUCUCAAUGCUAGAAAAAUGAAAUUCACCAGAAACGAUAUUAAAGGUUGGUUGGAUCCAUAUAAUUGGAUGUCUGAUUCGAAUCAAUGGCUUCCACAUUCUGAAAGAGUUCCUUGCACAGGAGAAAUUAUAAAUUUUCCAUCGAUAAAUACAAUUUCAGUACAACUUCCAAGCAUUUUGCUUCCAUAUAAAAGUUUUAACUUUGGUGAACAAGUUUUAAAUGGUGAAGAAUGGCAAGAAUUUUUAAAAACAGAAUUGGGGUAUAUGCUUUUUAAAGGAUCAGACGAAUUGAGAGAAAAGCCAUGGCGUACUGAUGAGAGUUGUUCGAAAGGAAAAAAAUGUACCUGUAUUAGAUCUGCAUACACUUUUAGAGAUGGGAUUUACAAAGAGGUAAAUCGACACAUUUUCCAAGAAGCUGUCUGCUUGUAUGCGAUGCCAAAAUGUAAAAAAGUGCCUUGUUAUUUUCCUGUUGUUCCAGAAGGUCAUUGCUGUGGUAUUUGUGGGGCUGUUUUAAAACUUGAGGACAAAACGAAAGAAGGUUUCGAUUUGAAUGAAAUAAAAAGAAAAGUAAAUGAAGAAAUAAAAAAACAUAAGUUAAAUAAAGAAUUAAAAACUUAUGUGGGUAGAACCAAAGAUGAAAAUAUUCAAAUAGUAAUUUUGGCUGAUGAUUCUGAUGCUACCACUAGUAGUCACUUUCUAUCUAGUGUGAUUGCUCAAAAAUUAAAAGGGCAAAAAUUAAAAUUAAGCAUUUCUCAAUUGUCUGGAUUAGCUUUAUCUAACUACUUAUUUAAUAGUAUUACAGGCAUUAUUUUCGGAACUUUAUUCGGGGUUUUACUUUUAUUCGUCAUUUUGUUUUAUCAAUAUGUAAAAAUACCUCAAAAAAUAAUAAAUAUGGACCAAAAUAAACCAUUUGUUUUUGCAAGAUUUGACAAUGUUUCAAAUGAAGAUAACUGUAAUGAAAAUAUACAUAUUGAAUCUGCAUGUGAUCCUCAAAAUUCCUAUGACACUAACAUUAAGGUAGAGUCAAAAGAGAAAGAAAAAGAAGAUGUCACUCCAGGAAAAUCAAGCUCUCAAGAAUAUCACAAUUUAACUUAUACUGAUUUUGAAAAAAUUGAAAAACCUGAACCGAUAACUAAUGAUAAUUUGUCAGAAUCGGAUGACGACUUCAAAGAAAUUAAGUUAUAG